AGUAUUUGUCAAACUAGUAGGGAUCGUUGGCUUGGCUGGCCAGAUAGGAGUUGAGGAAAUAUAACACCAGAAGAAACACCUUUCUAUCUUUUUAGCCAUCUGUUUGUUUAUUUUUUAAGCGUUAGCUUGUUUUUGAGUUAGCAGAAAUGUCAACCCCAGCGCGACGACGUUUAAUGAGAGACUUUAAACGGCUGCAAGAAGAUCCUCCAGCUGGAGUCAGCGGAGCUCCGUCAGAAAACAAUAUCAUGGUUUGGAACGCAGUCAUUUUCGGACCGGAGGGAACGCCUUUUGAAGAUGGAACCUUCAAACUUACCAUCGAAUUCACAGAAGAAUAUCCAAAUAAACCUCCAACAGUGAGAUUUGUCUCCAAAAUGUUUCAUCCAAACGUCUAUGCAGAUGGUAGCAUAUGCUUAGAUAUACUUCAGAACCGCUGGAGUCCAACCUAUGAUGUUUCUUCAAUCCUAACUUCAAUACAGUCUUUACUGGACGAGCCAAACCCAAACAGUCCGGCCAACAGCCAAGCGGCGCAGCUUUACCAGGAGAACAAGCGGGAGUACGAGAAGAGGGUUUCUGCUAUUGUUGAACAGAGCUGGCGUGACUGUUGACACCGGACCGCCGGCGCAUGAACAGUGAGCCACGGCGACGCGACGGCCGGUCCUUAAGACCCCUCAGUAUGUUUUUGUCCCCUUACUGUUGCUAAAUUUGUAUGCUGUAGUGUUGUGGCGUUCGCUGCCGCAGAACGCUGUUGUUUGAUAGGAGCGGAGUAAAAAAAAAGUUAAUGUACCUUGUUAUUUCUGGGUUACUUGCUAUAUGCCUUUUUUUUUUUUUCUUUUUUUUAACUUUUCCAAUAUUUGAUAGCCUGUCGCCUCUCAACUGUCACAUGGGUUAUACAGACUGAACGAUGUGGACGGCUGUUUGGUUUGUAAAUACUGCCGGUUUAUAUUUACAGAAAAUAAAGCUGUUAAUUUUCAAAGGGCCCACGACAACAGAAACCCCCUUUUUUUUUUUUUUUUCUUCUUUUUUUUGUCUGCACAUUGAAAGCCUUGGAGGGAUAAAGAAAUGACCAACAUGGACGUCCGUCCUUAUUACUCAACAGAUGCCUUUUGGGGGUCAGUUUUUUUUAGCCUUUCCUGUACAGCCACGCCUUUUUUUUUGAUCCUGUUCGACUAUCUAUGCCCCUCUUACUCCCCAGAAAUGUGGGAUUUUAGCUUCCUUACGACACACUCAACGUUUUUACAGUGUCACAAUAACCGUUUGGCCCAUUUAGACCUGCCACUCAUGUGAGUUCACAUUUUACCAUAUUUUGGAGGGUGCGUUACUUUUUAAUGGGUUUAAGGCUGUGUGAAAAAAAAAAAAAUCCUAUAAGCAUCCGAUCUGACUACACUUUUGUCUGUUCAGUUUAUACAACCUUGCACGGGUAACCCAUGUUAACAAACUGUACAUUCUCUUGUAAAUAAAAUAAAUAUGCAAUUCUU